UCCGCCGUCCGCCCGAGAAGCGGCCCAGGCUAGCGCAGGGCGUGCGUCGGCGUCGCAGUCACCAGAGGAAUUCUGGGUAACGGCCCCAGCCGGCUGGGGCGGCUGGCUCAGUGUAGCAGGUUCUGCUCACGCCAAGUCGGUUGGCAGUAGGGAUAGUCGGGCCAGGGGCAGCCCGACAUGGAGCAGCCUUGGCCACCGCCAGGAUCUUGGACCCUUCCUCGGGCAGAGGGUGAGGCUGAGGAAGAGAGUGACUUGGACGUGUCCCCCUGUUCUCCCCGCUGCCCGCAGCUGCCGGGCGGCGGCGCCCAGAUGUAUAGCCAUGGAAUUGAAUUGGCUUGCCAAAAGCAAAAAGAGUUUGUGAAGAGCUCUGUGGCAUGCAAAUGGAAUCUCGCUGAAGCUCAGCAGAAACUUGGUAGCUUAGCACUGCAUAACUCUGAGUCCUUGGAUCAGGAACAUGCCAAAGCACAAACAGCAGUGUCAGAACUGAGGCAACGGGAAGAAGAAUGGCGGCAGAAAGAAGAGGCUCUAGUACAAAGAGAGAGAAUGUGUCUGUGGAACGUGGAUGCCAUUAGCAAGGAUGUUUUUAAUAAGAGUUUUAUAAAUCAAGAUAAAAGAAAAGAAACAGAAGAUGAAGAUAAAUCAAAAUCAUUUAUGCAGAAAUAUGAGCAAAAAAUCAGACAUUUUGGUAUGUUAAGUCGAUGGGAUGAUAGUCAGAGAUUUUUGUCUGACUAUCCAUACCUUGUAUGUGAAGAAACUGCUAAAUAUCUUAUUUUAUGGUGUUUUCAUCUAGAAGCUGAACAGAAAGGGGCUCUAAUGGAACAAAUAGCACAUCAAGCUGUUGUAAUGCAGUUUAUUAUGGAAAUGGCCAAAAACUGUAAUGUGGAUCCAAGAGGAUGUUUUCGUUUAUUUUUCCAGAAAGCCAAAGCAGAGGAAGAAGGUUAUUUUGAAGCAUUCAAAAAUGAACUUGAAGCUUUCAAGUCAAGAGUCAGACUUUAUUCUCAAUCACCAAGUUUUCAACCUGUGGCUGUUCAGAAUCAUGUUCCCCAUUCUGGUGUUGGAUCUAUAGGUUUAUUAGAAUCCUUACCACAGAAUCCAGAUUAUCUUCAGUAUUCUAUCAAUACAGCUCUCUGCGGUUUAAACUCAGUGGUACAUAAAGAAGAUGAUGAACCCAAAAUGAUGGACACUGUAUAAUUUGGUUAAGACUGCUGAAGCCAAGUGCUAUUUUGUUACAAGAAAGGAAGAACUUGGCUAUUUUCUUGACACUUUUAUGGGUGCUGCACUUUAUUUUUGUUUGGUUUUUGAUGGGAGGGAAAAAAAAAGAGUACUGAAACGUUUUGUAAAUUUUUUUUUUUUUAUGUGCUGCUAGGUCUUUUUGUUUUGUUUUUCUGAAGAGAGGAGUGGUACGAUAUGUUUCAGGAAGUCAAACUGGACUUUUUGGGGGGUUUUUUGGCUACUAAAACUUGCCUUUAAUCUUACUGUUCUCAAUUUUGGAAUCAAAGUAUGAAAAUCUGCACAAAUGCAAUGUUUACAAGAACUGGUUGAUUCUAGGAGGCAUCUGCUACAGUCUUUUUUUUAUAUGGAUAUGUACAUGUCCUCUGCAAAAAUGAUUAAAGAUAAAAAUGUACUUGUAUCCUACUGCUAAUUUAGCUGUCAAAUCUGGUGUUUCAUCAUAUUAAAAGCAAUAAAUCAGUAGUUCAUACUCUACUUCACUAAAUAAGCUGGGUGGUACAAAUUAAAACAAAGUCUUUCCCCUUAAAGUAAUAUUAUAUUUGUUUUUCGGCACCAUCAGUUAAAUCCUUGACUAUAAAAUCAAUUUUCUAUGGAUACUAAAUUUACCCCCAAGUAUUCUGAGAACUGUAUUAGAAGUUGAUUUUACCAUUCUGACAUCUUAAUAUUAAGGGUUAUAGUGAUAUAAAAAGUGAUAAAGCUAAUACAGAUUUAUUUUUUAAAUAAGAUCAACUUCAAGCUCACUCUUAGUUUCCUUACUUGACAUAGUCUGGGAUCUCUCAGGGAGCAAGUUUUCAAAGAACACUAAUGGCCUAUAAGAAAAAAACAGGAAAAAAUUUUUAAAUUGUGGUUAUUGUUUGUUUCACUCAGAAGUGGCUUAAGGACUUUUUUAAAACGCAAAUGUUUUUGAGUUAACUGCUUAUUUCUAAGAAUUUGGUGAUCCUCAUUGGUAAUGAUGGGUUUUACUACAUUUGUCAUUCCUCUCUUUAGCUCAGUUACCAUAGAAUGCUUCUGAGCUUUACUACUUCCUAUAUAAUCCACUUUAAAUCUGUCAGGAUAUUUGAUGAUUCAUUUUAUUUGGAAUAAGAUGACAGUGUUAAUUAUGCUGUCCUUAUUAUUUGAGGAUUAAUCAUCUGACUUAUAGGAACAUGAGCUUUGAUGGGUAUUGGAUAUAGUCUUUGGCUCAGUCCCAUUAAGAGUGGUAGCAAACAUUCAGAAGAUGACUAAACGGGAUUUGGAAUACAUGUCUCAAUUUGAAAAACCAAAUAAUGCUAAGGGACCCAAAUGGUGAUGAGACCUGUGACCUUGACCCAUUUGUUCCUUGUUUUAACUAACUAAGGUAAUAAGGCACUUAGUACCCAUAGAAAUGGACUGGAAUUACUGAAUCAUACAUACAUAACAUCACAAUCUUCCUGGUUUUCAGAAUAAAACUCUCUUUGUGCUUUUGAUAUAAAUAUAUACUCUAUAAUAAAAUGGUUGGCUAAUUUA